UUUUAAUAUAUUGGAUCUAAAAGAAUAAUAAGAGAAAAGCGGCAAGAAAAAUUUAAUAAAGGAAAAUUUUUUCAAUCUAUGAUCAAAAGCGAUCUUCAAGAAAAUAUUCAAUUAAAACAAGAUGAAAUCAAUUUAGUCUACAAUCAAAAACAUGAAACGGAUUGUGGAAAUGAAAAUCAACAUCCUUUUAUCGAAUCCAAUGAGAAAAAUGAAAAACAACGUGAAGAAUGGGGUAAAGGAAUUGAAUUUUUAUUCUCUUGUAUAUCAUUAUCAGUUGGAUUAGGUAAUGUUUGGCGUUUUCCAUUCAUUGCAUUUCAAAAUGGUGGAGGAGCAUUUUUAAUUCCAUAUAUAAUAGUAUUACUAUUAGUUGGUCGUCCAGUUUAUUAUUUAGAAAUUAUAAUUGGACAAUUUACAAGUCGUGGAUGUUUUCAAGCAUUUAAUUUUGCACCAAUAAUGAAAGGUGUUACAGCUGGUCAAGUUUAUAUAACAAUUGCUUCAAUUACAUAUUAUUCAAGUAUUAUGGCAAUUACAUUUAGAUAUUUAUUAAGUUCAUUUGAAAAUCCUUUACCAUGGAGUUAUUGUCGUUCAGAAUGGCAAGAAAAUUGUUUAGAUUCAAUGUCUAAAAAUUUCAAUCAAUUAAAUGAAAGUAAUGAAUAUAAAAUUCUAAAUGCAAAUAUAUCAAUUAGAUCAUCAGCAGAAUUAUAUUUUUUAAAAGAAAUUUUAAAUGAAAAACAAUCGAUAGAGAAUGGAAUUGGCUAUCCAAUUUUAAAUUUAGUUGGUUGUCUUGCAGUUUCAUGGAUUAUAAUUGGGACAGUUAUUAUAAAAGGGAUUCAGAGUUCUGGUAAAGCAGCAUAUUUCUUGGGCGUAUUUCCUUAUGUAACAAUGAUUGUGUUAUUAAUAAGAUCUCUAACAUUACCUGGAGCCUUAAAUGGUGUAUGGUAUUUCUUUCGACCACAAUGGAAAGAACUUCUUAAUCCAAAAGUUUGGUAUUCUGCUGUAACCCAAGUAUUUUUCUCUUUAGCCAUUUGUUUUGGAACUUUAAUGACUUAUGCAUCAUAUAAUCCAUUUUCAAGAAAUGUUUAUAAGGACUUAACUAUUAUAACAACAAUGGAUUUUUGUUCUUCUAUAAUUGCUGGUAGUAUAAUAUUUGGAAUAUUAGGUAAUCUAGCACUUGAAACUGAUGCAAAAGAUAUUAGUCAAGUUGUUAAAGGUGGUGCUGGUUUAGCUUUUAUAUCAUAUCCUGAUGCUAUAGCAAAAUUUGAAUUUUUACCACAAGUAUUUGGAGUCUUAUUCUUCUUAAUGUUAUUUGUAUUAGGAAUUGGAAGUACAGUUGGUAUGGCAUCUUGUAUAAUAAAAGUUAUACGUGAUCAAUAUCCAAAUAUAAAACAAGGUUAUUUGGCAGCAAGUAUUUCUAUUAUAGGUUUUACAAUUGGAUUAGUUUAUAUGACACCAGGUGGACAAUUCAUUUUAGCUCUAGUAGAUUUUUAUGGUGCUUCAUUUGUUGCAUUAAUAUUAGCAAUUGGUGAAUUGAUUGCGGUUGCAUGGAUAUAUGGAGUAAAAAGAUUUUGUAAUGAUAUACAAUUUAUGAUGUGUGUUAAAACUGGAAUAUAUUGGAGAAUUUGUUGGGGAUUAAUAACACCAUGCUUAAUGAUUUCUGUAUUAAUUUAUACAUUGAUAGAUUUUGAAUUAUUAAAAUAUAAAGAUGUUGAAUAUCCAUUUAUUGCACAUGUUUGUGGUUUAGUAAUUUCAAUUAUUGGUAUUAUACAACUUCCAUUUUGGGCAUAUUGGGCAAUAAGUAAACAAAAUAAAAAUUUUCAUUUAAUUAAAAGAAUAAAAAAAGCUUGUAAACCAGAUAAAUUAUGGGGUCCUUUAGAUUCUGAAAUUUUAGAAGAAUAUCAGCAGUACAGGCAGAAUAUUAUGGAAAAUGAAUUAAAGAUUCAAAAGAAAUCAACAAUUUUAAAAAGAUUUAAAGAAAAUAUUUUUGAAUAAAAAUUUAAUAAACUACGUUUUAUAUUAAUAACAUUUUAUAGCCACAAUAGCCCUUUAUAU